GCUGCCUAGAAUGACUUAGAAGGAUCGGCAUGUCUCCUUUAGACUUCAGCUUGCAUUGAGAAUUCCUCCAUUUUCUGAUUCUCUCUUACUGUUAGCGCAGCCAGAUGGAGGAAAAUUUCUUUUCUUUUUUUUUCCCCCCUGACUGAUGAAAAGUUAUUUAUCGUUAAAUUUUAUUCUGAAUUUCUUAGUUUUAGUUUGUUGCUUUUCAGGAUUGUUUAAAUAUGUCGUGGCUGAAGAAGGGUUUUGCUCUGCUCCCUCGGUUGUUGGCCUAGAAUCAAACUUGAACCCUCUGUAUUUGAAAGUCGAUAAUCCAACUCUCUCUCCUAUGCAUAUGAAAGAUUUGCCUGGUUUCACUCGCAGCGUUUAUAAAAGAGAUCAUGCUCUAAUAUCACCAGAAAGUCAUGUAUAUGGCCCGUUACCUGAUUGGAUCAAUACAUCUGGGGCAUAUUUAAUUGCACCAGAAAUGGGCUCACACUUUGUAAUGUACCUAGCAAAGUUGCAAGAGAAGUCAAAGUCAGAAUUGCCCCUGCAUGAUGUGGAAAGAUUCAUUUUUGUGCUCCGGGGUGCAGUCACGCUCACCACUGGUACUUGCAAUCACCACAUACUGAAGGUGGAUACAUAUGCCUAUUUACCACCAAAUUACAAACAUAUCAUUGAAUGUGAUGCCUCUGCAACUAUUGUGGUAUUUGAGCGAAGGUAUGCUCCUCUGGAAAACCAUGUCCCAGAGCUGAUUGUUAAUGCAACAGAUUUGCAGCCACUUCUUGAAACUCCAGGCGAGGUUUUUGAACUGCGGAAGCUUCUUCCAUCAUCUUUGGCAUAUGACUUCAAUAUCCAUAUUAUGGAUUUUCAACCCGGAGAAUUUCUCAAUGUGAAGGAGGUGCAUUAUAACCAGCAUGGUUUGCUGUUAUUAGAAGGGCAAGGCAUUUAUCGUUUGGGUGAUAAUUGGUACCCAGUUCAAGCGGGUGAUGUCAUUUGGAUGGCCCCAUUUGUGCCACAAUGGUAUGCUGCCCUUGGAAAAAGUCGGACACGGUACCUUCUUUACAAGGACGUGAACCGAAACCCAUUGUAAAUUAUGCUGAUGCAUGUCAGCGAUGAAUGUCAGCUGUAUCAUACUAGCCACCUGCUUAAAAAUGCCAUCCCAUGUAUAUUAGGAGUUCUCGGGUGCCGCUCGUGAUUACUAGGAUAUUAUAAUCCUGAAUAAAUCAAAUAGAAGAUUCUGGCUAUUUGUGGUCCAGACGUGUUGGAUUCUCUGCUGAAAAACAGUUACUUUUACAUGAAGAGUUUAUGCCUAUGCCUAGAUAUUCAUCCUAAAUAUGUUCUUCUAGAUUACUCAAUCUGUUUUCAAUUUUAGAAUUCUAAUGAGGCGUUAACUAUUUUUGAGCCA